AACAAAAAAGUUUGCUAGAGAACUGGGUAGAGAGGUUGCUGGGAAAAUGUGACGUGUGGGUCCCAAUGGCCUCUGCCCCUGAUUAUUCAGUUAUUAUUUGAUUUAUGUGGUCUUGCCGCUGCCCUUGCUUUGACCCUCAGAACGGCUGUGUGGGAAGUUUGUGUCUCUCAGAUAGAGUGAAGCGCUGCUCUGCAAAGUGUUUGGAGCCAAUGUGAAUGCAAAGAAACUGAUAAAUACAGAAAAGGCUCUCUCUGCUCCAGAUGUACCCCAAAGGGGUAUAAGAAAACAGCUCCUUGGAACUAGGCACUGCACAUUUACUUGGAAGUAAAGGCCAAUGAGGAUCAUUUCAAACAUGGAAAAAUAGUACAAUAUUAUCCAUGUGCAGCUAUGGAAAUAAUCUUAUCUUUUGACAACAUCUUGGCUCUUCAAUUUAAAGUAACCAGCAGCUUUUUGAAAGCAGGUAACAUCCCAAACUGAAUGAAGCAGUGGGAGCUAGAGCAGACCAUGGCAAAUACCUUUGUGACAAUACCUGAUGGGUACUGCCUUAGUGAUCCAAUCCAGUAUUAUGAUGCCUUCCCAGAACACAUCAGUUAUCCACUGCAAGAUCUUGACUUCCAAGCUGCUCCUUAUUGUCAGUAUUCAACCAUUCAGUUUCCUGCAGCAUUACAGACUCCAUCUCCCCAAACACAGUACAGCACAUACAACUUGGAUUCUCAAUACAGUGAUGGGCAAUACAUCAUCAGCAAUUGUGAACUCAGUAAGCCCACCUGCAUGGGUGCCCAGAAUGAUGGGGGAGGAUAUCUUGGACAGAAAAGACCCAGGCUUAGUCACUCUGCCUUGCGAAUAAAGGGACAGGAAGAGCUCUGUGUAGUUUGUGGGGACAAGGCUUCAGGAUAUCAUUACAACGCACUCACCUGUGAAGGCUGCAAAGGAUUUUUUCGACGUAGCAUCACCAAAAACGCCAUCUACAGAUGCAAGAAUGGUGGCCACUGUGAAAUGGAUAUGUAUAUGAGGAGGAAGUGUCAGGAGUGUCGCCUAAAGAAAUGUAAAGCUGUGGGAAUGCUGGCUGAAUGUCUACUAACAGAAGUCCAGUGUAAAUCAAAGCGCCUCCGAAAGAAGAGUAGCUUCCUUUGUAGCAUCAAAAUGGAAGUUGAAGGAGUGGACAACAAGCAUGUAUCCUCUACAACAAAACCUUUAAAAGUGCAGGAGCGAAUGGAACUGACUCCUGGAGAACAUCAGCUCAUUGACCAUAUUUUGGCUGCCCAUCAAAAAUGCACAAUUCCCUUGGAGGAAGCAAAGAAGUUUUUGCAGGAGACUGCCAACCCUGAAGAGAAUUUCCUACAUCUUUCAGAAACAGCUAUGGUUCAUGUCCAGGUACUAGUGGAUUUUACAAAAAGACUUCCAGGGUUCGAAAGUUUAGCCAGUGAUGAUCAGAUUGCAUUGCUGAAAGGCUCCACAAUUGAAACAAUGUUUUUACGUUCUGCCCAGAUAUACAAUGAACAAGGGAUUGAAUGCCAGUCAUCAUUCCAUGAAAGUCAAGUAAAAUUUUCUGCCAAUGCUGUAUGUGCUCAAGAUAAAAGUACUUACUUAGGACUGUCUCAUACUGAAGAAAGCCCAACAUCAACAACUACAACAGGUAUCACUGAGGAGUUUAUCACUGCACUAUUUUAUUUCUACAGGAGCAUGGGAGAACUCAAUGUGACAGAGAGAGAGUAUGCAUUGCUUGUUGCAACUACUGUGUUUUUUUCAGAUCGUCCACUCCUAAAAAACAAACAACAUGUGGAGAAACUCCAGGAACCCUUCUUAGGAAUUCUGUACAAGUAUUCAAAGAUAUAUCACCCUGAAGAACCACAACAUUUUGCCCGUCUGAUAGGGCGACUCACUGAACUCAGAACCCUCAAUCACAACCACUCAGAAGUCCUAAUAACCUGGAGAACAAGGGAUCCUAAGCGGAUACCUGUACUUUGUGAAAUAUGGGACUUGCAUUAAACAAUCUGCCAAUUACUUAAGUUGUUACACAGGACUGUUUUUUCCUCAAAAUAUGCUCUUUUCCAAUUGUUGUGCUUGUAUUAAAAAAAAUCCCAUUUAUGUUAAAUGGCUAUAGAUUCUUUUUAAAAAAAAUAAAAAUACUGUGCUGCAAAGCCUAGAUAGAUCAGUUGGUGAGAGGAUUGAAAAUAACAUUUGCAUUAUAAACACACAUACAUUAAAAUGGUAUGAAUCAGGUUCUUUACAUGUGCUGUUUGACACCUCUAGAAAGUGUAUCUUUCUUUGCCCGGGAAGGUUUUAAAUGAGUGGGAGAACAGUUGACAACAGAAAAAUCCUUCAUAUAGCACACAGGAGACUAUGGAAAGUUGAGCAGGGAACUGGAUCCCUGCCCUGUCAAGCCUACACAUGUGUAUGCUAUGAUGGUCCAUAAGAAAUCUAUUAUGGCUUAGAUGGAUACUGCAACUUUUAUGACUACAUAACUUUCUCAGUGACUUGAAGUGGAUCCUGGUGCUUCUGUUGUAAACAUGUACAUGUCUCCAAACCACAUUAUUCACAUCACAACACUCACCGUCUUGUCUGUCAAAGUUGUAAGCAAUUAAACAUUAAAGUUAACUAAUAACCAUUAGAGAACAAAAUAAUGAAAUGAUUGGUUAUGUAAUUAGUAUAUCACACAAUUUUGAAAAAGAGUAGUAAAUUAUAAUCACCCAGGAUAGUUGGUAACCCACAAACUGAUUAUAGUUAAUUGAUUAUAGUUUAGACCAAAAUUUUAAUAAUUUGGUAGUUAUAUAUUUUUAUUUACGUGCCAGUUCUAGUUGAGGAACAGCCAGAAUGUCUGUCCUUGAUUAAAUUUUACAAUAACAACAGUUACAGGAUGCACUGGAAAGAUAACUCACUAUAUCUGCUAUUAUUUUAUGUAUUUUCCCCUUUUAGAUCAAGCAAUGGUAAUUUAGUUUGAUGGAUGUUCAAUUAGUGAAGCCCCAUGCAUGUUUGAAUUCUACAAUUUGCUAAAAUAUAUGGUUCAACAUUAUCAUCUGUUUUUGUAGACAUCUCUUCACGGCUUCAGUUCUUUUGCUAAAUAUAAACUAUAAUGGACCAGUUUUGCUUUAGUCUUCUUGAAAUUUAAAUAAGUUGCAGUAUUUUUUUCUGAAUGCUUAUGAACAAACCUUUAAAACUGUGAAUUUGUUGUUGUACAGUGCCUUUGCUGCUAUGGAUCAAAAUCAAAAGAACUGUGUGUAGAUAAACCUUUAUUGUGCAAGUAGAAAU